UACACAUUUACGAAGAGCAAUCAUGUUAUUUGUUCCCAUUAUAUUGUUUUCUUUGGUGAAGUUUUGCUGGUGCGAUCCGGCUGGCGAAGUGCAAUUUGUGGUGAACAUGGUCUCCCAAUUGGAGAGCUGCGAUGAAGUGAGCGAAGCUUACGUGGACACUUCUGGAGUAGUAGUGGGCCGGUAUAAUGAAACCAUAGCUUAUAUGCGUGGCAACGUCAACUUCUUGAUGGACGUUGGAGACGAUACAAUGGUAGAAAUUACACUAUACAAAGAAGCGUCUGGUAAAUACGAAUUAAUGUAUUCACACGAGAUAUGUGACCUCUGUGCCGAAGUAGCGAAAGGCGAAGAUAGUGAUUACGUCUCCUAUAUGAAGUACUUUGGCAUACCUGACGAAUGUCCUUUUAGUGCGGGCGAGUACCCUAUCCUGGAGUUCAUAGUGGACACGGACGACUUGCCAGUUAACAGCAACACGGUAGGAAGAUACCAGGCUUAUUUGAAUCUUUACAAAAACGUUGAAAAAGAUUGCAAGUCUUCGAAAAUAUUUAUGUUCUGUCUCUCUCUUAAGUUAAUCAUUGAAGCUGAUUAGAUCGCUGAUAUAAGUACCUCUAUCAGCUCGGUAAGGGGCAUACUAAAAUGUAUACUCUAAAAUCUCUAAAUUAUGUUGUAAGUUUUUGGACCGUAAUAAAUUGUGACGUCAUUGUA